AUGGAGACCGAAGAGGAUAAGCCCCUUCCCGCCGCCGAGGAUGCCGGCCACGACGACCCGGAGGCGGCCGCCGCCGCGGAGAAGGCCGCGGUCAACGUCGCGACCAAGAUCGACGUCCACGCGAUGCCCAUACGCCAGUACCUGGAGACCAGCGUCGUGCCCAUCCUGCUGCAGGGGAUGCAGGCGCUGGUCAAGGAGCGGCCGAACAACCCGGUGGAGUUCCUGGCGGCGUACUUGCUCAAGAAUAACCCCCAGGGGCCCUCCAACCCGCCGCAGGUUCCCGGCGCGUGA